AUGGCGUCUUCCACUCUAUCUUCUGCAACCCCAUCACAGUUAUGUGCCAGCAGAAGUGCUUUGUUCUGUCCAUCUCAAGCCCUUUUGAGGAAACCCAAAAACACUCAAAUGGGGGCAAAGGGAAAGGUGGUUAAAAUUUCUUGUCAAGCUACUAGUAUUCCAGCUGAUCGAGUCCCGGAUAUGGAUAAAAGGAAGACUAUGAAUUUGCUUCUUUUGGGUGCCAUUGGACUUCCCACUGCUACUAUGUUGUAUCCUUACACCUAUUUUUUCGUCCCUCCUGGUACUGGAGGUGCUGGUGGUGGGAUUGUUGCCAAGGAUGCUUUUGGAAAUGAUGUUUUUGCAGAUGAAUGGCUGAAGGCACAUGGACCUGGAGACCGAACCCUCACACAAGGCUUGAAGGGAGAUCCUACCUACCUUGUAGUCGAGAAGGAUAAAACGCUUGCAACAUUUGGAAUCAAUGCAGUUUGCACUCACCUCGGAUGUGUCGUGCCAUGGAAUGCAGCUGAGAACAAAUUCAUCUGCCCUUGCCAUGGAUCCCAAUACAACGAUCAAGGCAGGGUUGUUAGAGGACCUGCACCUCUGUCUCUUGCAUUGGUUCAUGCUGAUGUAGACGAGGGAAAGGUAGUGUUCGUACCGUGGGUUGAAACUGAUUUCAGAACUGGCGAGAAUCCAUGGUGGGCUUAA